UAGAAAUAGCGCCGUUCUCCGAGCCUCCUAAGCGCCAGGCGGCGCUAUAGGCGGUCCGUUCGGACUCCGAAGCUUCAGUCCCCCCGCGCCACCCGCGCGAUGGGCUCUGAGGCAGCUCAGCUGCUGGAGGCUGCUGACUUCGCCGCUCACAAACACCGACAGCAGCGACGGAAAGAUCCUGAAGGGACUCCCUACAUAAAUCACCCCAUCGGUGGGCGCGCCGGUUGGGAAGCAGUCCUCGCGGCGCGUGGCGGGUGGGGACUGACCGAGACGGGUGUAGCCCGGAUCCUAACCCAUGAGGCUGGAAUCACUGAUAUUGCGGUGCUACAGGCCGCCCUGCUCCAUGACACAGUAGAAGACACAGAUACUACCCUGGAGGAGGUAGAGCUGCACUUUGGAGCACAGGUUCGACGCUUGGUGGAGGAGGUAACAGAUGACAAGACUCUGCCCAAACUGGAAAGAAAGCGGCAACAGGUGGAGCAGGCACCGCACAGCAGCCCAGGGGCCAAAUUGGUGAAGCUGGCAGACAAGCUAUACAAUCUGAGGGACUUGAAUCGCUGCACCCCUAGAGGAUGGUCAGAACACCGAGUCCAGGAGUACUUCGAGUGGGCAGCACAGGUGGUAAAGGGGCUUCAAGGAACGAACCAGCAACUGGAAGAGGCACUGAAGCAGCUUUUCCUGGAGCGAGGGCUGACUCUCUGAGCCGUCCUCCGUGCAAUCCUGUGACAUGGCUCCAGCAAGGCCCAGGAAAGAUGGAAUUCUUACUGCAGCAUUUCAAAGCCGCCUCAUCUCUCACAUUCCAUCAUUCAACCCAGACAUCACAGGCUAAAAACUUCUGCGUUUUUUCACUCCGCUGAGCCCGGCAUAUGGAAAGCAGAUAUGCCCAUCCAUCCAUACACUAACAGCCCUUCCUUAAGUCUUGAGUCUGUCUGCUGUUCUGCAUGGUGGAACCUCUGGCCUCUCAUGGACCUAAGAUUGGAUAAGCAUUGGUUUAUAAGUUGUGAAAAAUAAAGCACUAGGGUAAAGGCUUAAA